CCCCAUCCUAGCUAGCUUUCAUGUGCUGCCCCAUCCCCAUAACGUAUAAUGAAAAGAUAUAUGGUGGCCGGUAGACUUAUAUUCUCUCUUUCUAAACAAUGUAAUGUUUUGAUCACACACGCUUAUUAAAAUGAUAAUUGGUUAUUAAUAUUAGUUGUAGGGGAAAACUCUACCCGCUUCUCCUCUAUUAUCUCAAACAUGAAAAAAGAUCUCAUGUAAGCGUGGUUUGAUUUCGGAAAAUUAAUAUGAUACGUAGUAUGUUUUCCCCUAUGAUGCACGGAGACUCUCCGUGACUCACGUUUCCUCGUUUCAGAAACGCGAAAACUUCAAAUUCCUGUUUUGGAGCCGUUUUUGUCAUUAAGAAGAGAGUUGAGAAACCCGUUUUCUUAGUUUCGGGAAACUUCGAGGUUCCAUAAUUUCUAGGUUUGACCUACACAUGUUUAUCCAAACGAAAACAUUCUAAUUGAAAAAAGUCAAUUUUCCUUAAUAAGUUAAAGAAAAUCAAUUUUCCUCAAUAAAGAAAGUAGUAAAUUAGUAAUCCAUCCAAUUAUGUAACGACAUUAACUAAAGCUGACCCUAUCGGAAAGGCCAAGUGCCCAGAAAACUGGAAGAGAAAAUCACAAGAAGGCGAGCUAAAAUGGUGAGCGUUUGAUAUAAAGAUUCCUUCGACUUGCUCUGUGUCACUGUGUGGGAUUUCCGUCAGGGGACAAUAUGGUCAUCCAGGACUCGGUCGAUUCCGGCCAUGCUCGCUUACAUGAGCUGGGAUACAAACAAGAACUCAAGCGCGAUCUUUCGGUCUUGUCGAAUUUCGCGUUUGCGUUCAGCGUUGUCUCUGUGCUCACGGGGUUGAACACCCUGUACAGCAAUGGGUUGAAUUCUGGAGGCCCGAUUUCAUUUAUCUAUGGAUGGCUGAUUGCCGGUACUUUCACCAUGAUUGUUGGGCUGUCCAUGGCUGAGAUUUGCUCUUCUUAUCCCACUUCUGGGGGGCUCUAUUACUGGAGCGCCAAACUUGCUGGUCCAAGCUGGGCACCUUUUGCUUCUUGGAUCACCGGCUGGUUCAAUGUUGUUGGUCAGUGGGCUGUAACGACAAGUGUAGAUUUUUCACUUGCGCUGUUGAUUCAGGUGAUGAUUCUUCUCGGGACAGGUGGGAAAAAUGGAGGAGGUUAUGAACCCUCUAAGUAUGUUGUUAUUGCAAUGCAUGGAGGAAUUCUUCUCUCACAUGCCUUCUUAAAUAGCCUUCCCAUCUCAUUAUUGUCCUUCCUUGGGCAGUUUGCUGCUGCAUGGAAUAUCUUAGGUGUCUUUCUUCUCAUGAUUUUGAUCCCCACUGUUGCCACAGAAAGAGCAAGUGCCAAGUUUGUAUUUACUAACUUCAACACAGAAAGCACUGAUGGGAUUCAUAGCAAAGUUUACAUAUUUCUCCUUGGGCUCCUUAUGAGCCAGUAUACAUUAACAGGCUAUGAUGCAUCUGCCCAUAUGACGGAGGAAACAAAAAAUGCAGAUGAGAAUGGACCAAAGGGAAUCAUAAGUGCCAUUGGCAUAUCCAUUCUAGCUGGAUGGUGUUAUCUACUUGGUAUAACUUUUGCAGUCACUGACAUACCACAUCUUAUAAAUCGAGAUAAUGAUGCAGGUGGAUAUGCUAUAGCUCAAAUAUUUUACGAUGCAUUUAAGAGUAGAUAUGGCAGUGGUGUUGGUGGGAUUGUUUGCUUAGGUGUUAUUGCUGUUGCCAUAUACUUCUGUGGCAUGAGCUCACUAACUAGCAACUCCAGGAUGGCUUAUGCAUUUUCAAGAGAUGGAGCCAUGCCCUUUUCACAGUUCUGGCAUAAAGUAAAUAAGCAUGAAGUUCCUAUUAAUGCAGUAUGGGCAUCAAGUCUUGUAGCAUUUUGCAUGGCACUUACGUCGCUUGGAAGCUUGGUGGCAUUUCAAGCCAUGACAUCAAUAGCAACAAUUGGGCUGUAUAUUGCAUAUGCACUGCCAUCCCUUUUUAGGGUAACUUUGGCGAGAAAAACGUUCACCCCGGGACCUUUUAACUUGGGGCGGUAUGGGGUUGUCGCUGGUUGGAUCACUGUAUUAUGGGUGGCAACAAUUUCGGUGCUCUUCUCCUUGCCUGUAGCUUAUCCUAUUACAGAUCAAACUCUGAAUUACACUCCUGUGGCAGUUGGUGGCCUGCUUCUGCUAGUUGUUUCUUCCUGGAUAUUUAGUGCCCGCCAUUGGUUUAAAGGCCCUAUCACUAACAUAAACGGCUCUUCCCAUGAAGUUGCCUUAAUAUUGUGAUGUCAUUCACUCAUACAAUACAUACACAGAUACGAUUCUUCCUAAGUUUUUCCUGAUGAAUGCCUGGGAUGAAAUCAUACCAGGCUGUGUUGAAAAUACUCGAUUUCCAUUUAUUUUUAUAAACUAGCUAGGGUUAGACCUGGAUCCAGAUCCAGUGAACCAGGCAGGUAACUUUAAUUAACUUUAACUUUUAAGACUUUCUAAAAGUCAUUAAUUAGUGCU